CGCGCUGCCUCGUAUUAUUCCACCUGUCGUCCAGGCACUCAUCUAAUGCCACCCAUCAUCACCUCCAGGAGAAAUGUCGCUAGGAAUGCAACAACCUCCACCAACCUCAAAACAAGAACGACUGUAGAUCGUUUGGCUGAGCAACUCACAACAGAUUUGGUGCUCUCGAAGAAUGUGAAAGGGAAGCAGAAAGCAGCGUCCGCGCUGUCACAGGAAGAACAAAGAGCAAACUCGAUGCGAUCCGUGAACUCAGCUUCUCAGCACCUGUCAACCCUCUUCCAGUCCGGAUGGCGACACUCGCAAGAAAAGUCCACACACAAGUCUUCGGUUUUGAAUGAUGCCCUACAGUCCGCUUCGAAGGCUAUGAAUCAUCUUCGAAACUUGAGGAAGCUAAAGUUCUGUGAUUUAGAUGUUGAGAGGGCGGCUAUGAGUGUUCUGGCCAAGUUAGUAGCUUUGGAGAUGUAUGAACCAGCUCUUCAGAUUAUGCACGAUGCCUAUCCAUAUGUCUGUGAAAUUUCAAGAGGCUCAACGAACAGAAGACCAUUUGAGCCGACCAAGGUUGACCGUCCUUCCAAUGCGAUGCUUUCGAUUCCUAUCCCUGCUAAACCUCCGACCGAUAUAACAAUAUUAAAUCUGAUAUCCAUUUAUCUUUUCAACUCUAUCGCUAUUCUCUCAUACUACUCCAACACUGGUCAGCCCUUGAAGCAUACCGCCUUGAGUUUCGAAACGUUUUCCAACUCCCUCCUGAACUCCUCCACGCUUUUAAAAUGGAUACCACUCUUUUCGGACCUUCCCGUCAAGCAAUUGGACUCCAUCCUUACCAAAUCGUACAGUCUCCUGACGAAACUAGUCCCGUCAAGUUUAAAGCACAACAGCUCCGCCCUGGUGUUCCGGGUUCGGAUGUAUGCUAUUAACUGUUUAGCGUACACGAGCCAAGGCGUCAUUGAUAAACCGGAUUCGUUUUGGGGCCAAUGCCACAAGUUUACGUCAAUAUAUGCCAAAUGUGAAGCCGCCGGCAGUUCUCAAGCCGAAUCUUUCGUCCUCACCUCUCUCGCUGAAGUCGUUCGAAUCGCGAAGGGGCGUUCUGACCGCAAUGAUUUCAUGUCCGGAGACGGUUUCAUAUCUUUCUGCGAGACGUGGACCAGUUUCGCGAACCGUUCCGGGGACUUGGAAUCGCUGGACAGAAUUGGAUGUCUCAUGAAAAACGCAUUGAUGCCCUCAAGUAAGGAAAUCAGGCCUUCGGAAGUUGGUGAUUAUCAGGAGCGCGAUAGAAAACAGCUGGCUGUUGACGGAAUGCGGCUUUGCAACACUCUCGCUCAGCUGUCUGCCCUUUUGAAUACAAGCGAACCCGGAUUAACAGAGGAAGUGAUAUCUCGAAUACGUGUAUGUUCAGUAACCAUUGAAAAGUCCACUCUAGUGGACAUACUCGUUUGUCCCUUGGAUGGCUCAGAUAAAGAAAUGCAACGGGUUUUGGGCAAGGUGCAACGGGCGUUAGAGAAGUGCCGGCGGGCCGCCAUCAAGUUGUUAGAGACUUCUCGGCUCUCCUGUGGAGAGUAUAUUGAAGUUAUUCAUAAAUUCAUCGAGGUCGUUGUAGAGGUGAUGGAACUAGCUCUAAAGCGGAAUCCACUUCCGGAUUAUUUCUCUCAAGCACUAGACACGCUAUUCACGCUCGCCAGAAUCACCUUGUCAAUCUCGGACCCUAGGACGUAUACAAGCGCUUACGACUAUCUAGAUAAAGCAGUCACCAUUUUGAAUGUUGCAUCCGAGUGUUCGCAACCUUUGGACGUCUCAACAUACAUGCGGUGCACCUCAGGUGCUUUUCAUAAUCUGGCAGGGACCCUAUAUCAGGCCGGGCGUUACGGAUCUGCGAUACCCUACUUGAGAGAAAGUUGUCGGUUGGGAGUCAAAGCAGCCGAACUGCAUGGUAAAUGCGAACAAAAUGCAAACAAGGACGCGUGGAAGCAGCUUGAGGAACAAUUAUGGAGGAGAUGGCAACUGCUUGCCUUAUGUUAUACUAAGAUUGGUGACAGAAGGGCCUCCUUCUGUGCGUUGCGAAGCUGCAUCGAAACCUUCCCGUUUCAAGCAAGCUCCUUUAGUGACCGGGUGGACAAGGACGGAUUGAGUACCUUGUUCGACAUGAGCCCUUCUCUCAAAGAUCUCGCCGACAUAGUCGACCGAUUAACUCAUAUGGGGACUUGUGAUCUACUUCUACCAGCACAAGAAGUCUCGCUAAGAUCCAUUGCUGUUCGCGAACUUAGUAUCCGAGGUGCUUUGAUUGAGAGGCAGCUGGAUAGUCUAGAAGCCUAUUCUCACAAAGAAGUUAUUGCAAGUGUUUCCUCAGAGCUGUUGAAGGACGCUCUGGACAUAUACAAAGAGAGUAGCAUGCCCAUCCGGUCUGUAAGGGUUUAUGUCAGAGCGCUUUCGUUCGCGUACUAUCGCGGAGCAGAACAUGUCUCAUUUUUGGGGACUCUCGACGAUAUUGGAGUAAUAGUGCAAAAGGUUCUCGCCGUCGAGCUGGACUUGGGUCGUGAUCAGGGACUCGCUCCCUUUUUGGCGGGAUAUCAAGCAAUGGCCCAUCUCUGGCUCGGUCUUCAUACACAUCGAACAGCAGACCCUACACAAUCAGCCCUCAUAGGUAUACACGUAGAAAAAGCUUGUGGAGUUUUGCACUCUCAAGUUCUUCUCCCGGUUCAGACGACGAAUAGUUUAGCUAUGAAGGCAGGGAAAGGAGUGUCCGUGCGGCAGCCCAAGGUUUCAAGGUCUCGUACUAAAGCGCCAACAACUCCGAAACCUAGAGGUCCAGAUCUCCAGGUCAACGGUCUCAAACUGGAUAUCAAUGGCAUACAUUCAACUACUCUCGAUUAUCCGCUAAAAUUGGUGGAAGUGCUCCAGCUGUCAAGUCAUGUCUUAGGAAUAAUGGCGCUCAAUUUCUUGAAGAUUCGCGUUCUUGAUACCCUGAGAAAGAUAUCUAAACAGCACCUUGGUACGGCGAGCGACGCAUUCAUUUUGGCCUCAUCCGACCUUGGCUAUGAGUACCUGCUACUCGGAAAAUUUACGCGAGCUAAAAAUAUCUUCGAGCUGACUCAAACGACAGUUCGUAAUGGUGGCUGCUCUGACUUUGCUUCUAGCAUCUUGCUUCUCAGAUUUGCAGAACUGUGUGCAUUGAACGAUGAUGUAACUCAGAGCUUGGAGCUGUACUCUAGGGCUCAAGUCAUUGCGAGUCAUCUCAUGGAAGAAAAGCAGUCCUCGUUCCAGAAACUGCAGGCGAGAAUAGUUCGCUUAGAGUUGGCGGCCAUGGCCUCCAACCUACUGGCAACAUUUCAUUUUGUCAAGAACGAUCACUCGAAUUCUUUGAGAUCGUUAUUGAAUUCUUUACGUCUCUGGAAUAGGGCGUUUGACUCCCUUGUACGCCUGCAACCCCCUCCCGCCGCCGUUCAUAGAAGACCAGAAGACUCCGAUCCGUUCGAAACCUCCAGCACGAGCAACACCUUUUCUUUAGUCACUCCCCAAACUUCGGACGAAUCAAAAAAACCUUUCGUGCGUAGAACAUCUUUGUCAGGCUUGGAGUGGCGAAUCGGACAAGGGCUUCUCCAUACGAUAUUCGGUCUGGGUCAAGCCUACCUGUUGAGAGGCUCCUCCCGAGAGUCGCAAUACUUUGCCGAACAAGCACGCAAUUUAGCUGAGUCAUUGAAUGCCACGGCGUUUAUAUGUCGUGCGACAACCAGACUUGAAGAGUUACGCAUGCAGGUCGGACAGUUGAAGGAACUUAACGGUCUAGAUCAGUUCGACGCCCAUCCAAGCCAUGGCCUCAGCAUCGAUGUGGCGGAAAUCUACCGGUUGCGUGGGGAUUUUGAGCAACGGAGUGCUAGAAUCGAAGAUGCUCAACGUCAUUAUGGCGCUGCUCUUCAAGUGCUGGAGGAAUCUGAUCAGGUCUUUGGCAAAUUCGACUUGGAAUUAGGUUCGAGACAUUCCAUUGGCUCCAGCCACGGCACAGACCUGCUUACACCUGCAUUACUCAUUCGUGUACUUCGUGAACAUAUUUGGGUCCUACGAGGUGAAGAAGGAGAGCAAUUCGAUGUCCUUCUUAACAAAUUUCUCGCCAUCCCACCGACAUUACAGUCACAGACGGAGAAAGAUGCCCUCUUGGCAAGGCUAACCCUGCACGAUGUUUAUAGGCGCAGUCGAGUUGAUAUGUUCCUGAGUUCCAUCGGCGAAACAACUGUGGCACUUCCAAUGGGCACUUCCAGUACUUUUUUGGCCUCUCUUCCACCCAGUUUCCAAGAGAUCAUGCGGAGUCUGGAAAAUUCGGAGAAACUGUUCUGGUCGCAACUUGCUGCCCACGGCCAGUCGGGUUAUGUUCCUGAUAUACGAACUGCGAUAUCGUCUAUCGUUCUUAUUCGAACAUUUCAAGCGUCUUUGGGUCGAUCAGAACCCUCUAGUUCAGUACUUAUAACGGGUCUGCUCGACGCUAUUGCGGCUAUCACUCUGCGCCGGGAAAUGCUUGAAGUCAUACAUAACAAAUAUCCGACACCAACGCCUCUGGAUGAUUUAUGCUGGCCAUCAAUCAAGUCAGACGGGUCCUUGGCUUAUCCCCCACAAAGAUGCAAAGACACACCGGACGUUUCUGACGAACAAGAUGGGUAUCAAGACGUAGGUGGUGAAGAUUUAUAUCUGAGAGGGUAUUGGAAUUCCGUGCGGGAGCGUUACCAUUCAGCUGCUUUAGACUCAGAAACACUCUCAUCGCCCGUUGUCGCCGAACUGCCCCCUCACUGGACUGUUGUGCACAUCACAAUCACGGAUGACAAGAGUACACUCUUCAUCUCGCGUCAACGGGGAGGAGGUAGAUCUACAGACCACCCUCUUAUGUUUUGCAUUCCUCUGAAAGGGCGCCGGGAGGGCCCUGGUGAAGACGAGAAUCAGCAGCUGACCUUUGAAGACGCCAUGGAGGAAUUUAACGACAUCAUAAGGCUCAAUAACGAGACUACAAAGACCGCUGCCUCGAUUCGUGAAAAUCAAGUUGCAAGAGCAGUAUGGUGGAAGGAACGAGGAGCGCUUGAUACCCGGUUGCAGCAACUAUUGGAGAACAUCGAGUUCUGCUGGUUAGGUGCUUUCAAGACGAUCUUGAACAAGAGUUCCCACCUGUCCGAGGAAGGUAUCUCAAGUCUCCGAAUACAGUUUGAUGGGGUGUUCCAGCAGGGACUUCGGCUGCAAGAUAAGAAGACGAAGGAGAAAGCUCUCGGACAUACUAAGGUACCUUCGGAAAGCCGCGGCCCCAAUCGCGUUACCUUGGACGAUGCACUUGUCGAAUGCUUUUCCACGCUCUCUUCGCAAUGUAGAGAUGAAGAGCUGGAAGACCUCGUGUACUUCAUCCUGGACCUCUACCAGUUCCAUGGCGUACCGGUCGCGAUUGCGGAAAUCGAUAUUGAUCAGGUUGUUGUGGACUUACGAUCAGUAUUGGAGGACCAUGCAACCAAAUUCAAGUCGGCUAGUAAUGGAUUACCGUCGCGAAAAGGUGCAUUUGGACAUACCCGAUCCACGCAGAAUGGCGGCGAUGAGCAUCUAUUCUUGGUCUUGGACAAGAACGUUCAAGGCCUCCCAUGGGAGAGCAUUCCGAUCUUAAGAGGUCGAAGUAUUAGCCGCGUCCCAUGCAUGUCGUUUUUACUGGAUAGACUGCAUUUCCCUCGAUGGCGGCAAGAACGCGAAUCGAUAACCACGUCGCCUGCAGUCGAUCAAGCGGUCGUGGAUCCUCGCAAUGGCUAUUAUAUCCUGAAUCCUAGCGGAGACCUCACGCGUACCGAGGAACGAUUCAAACCAUGGGUCAAAGAGAUGGAGAGUAUAGGUUGGCAAGGCAUUUGUGGGCGCCAGCCUAGCGAGCUUGAAGUUCUUCGUGCCCUGGAACAACAUGAUGUAGUCGUUUACUUUGGUCAUGGUGGUGCUGAACAAUACGUGCGGUCGCACAAGAUCAGGAACUUGCGAAAAUGUGCAGCUGUAAUGCUCUGGGGGUGUUCUUCUGGUUUUCUACGUGACAUGGGCGAUUUCGAUCGCGUUGGAACGCCUUUGAACUACAUGUUAGCAGGGUGUCCCACAUUGGUGGCAAAUUUGUGGGACGUGACAGACAAAGAUCUUGACACCUUUUCGCAAGAAGUCUUCGAUAAACUUAAGAUGAAUGCCGCUCAUGUUCGAGAAUGUGGCAAAGAAUCAGGUCGUGCACCAAAGACGUCCCUCAUGACUGCAGUAGCCGAAUCUAGGAACGUGUGCAAACUGAGGUACUUAACGGGGGCAGCCCCCGUCGUUUAUGGGAUUCCCUUCUAUCUAUGAAUGAGUAUCUAUCUAUGCAUUGUUUCUCAUAGCUUGAGAACCAGACGGUCCGAACCAACUCUCAAGGUUGUGAACAUGGUUAACCAUGCCGUAUGAUAUCUAUCUAUUCUAUU